AAUACUUGUUGCUUUCACCAGACACCGACGUCGAAAGUGCCCUCGCAACUUUAUACGUCACCAGAAUGAUCCGAUUCGGCUGUGUCCUCGCCAUCUUCGUGCUGGGUGCCAUCAUGGCAGCGCCUGUGGCUUCCUAUCCUCGGUAUUCCAGCAACUAUUACCUCGAGGAAGGGCCGUAUGAACCCGAAGACAUAAUGGAAAUGCUCAAUCGUCUCGACCGCUACAUGCAACUUGAACGAAAAAUGGCUGACUACAAGGACGCAGCGGUUACAAGUGACAAGCGCGCUCUGGACCUGGGCCUUAACCGUGGGUACUCGGGAGCUCUUCACGCCAAACACAUGAUGGGAGUGGCCGCCGCCAACUACGCUGGAGGACCCGGCAGGAGGCGACGCGACGCACAAUAAAUACCACAUAGAUUUAUAAUCUACCACUAAUCCCUACUAGUCAAACUCUGAAAAAUUCGCCCCGCUCUUUUAUAGACCCGCGCUUGUUGUAAACGUCCAAUUUAUGCUAUGUACCUACUGACCCGGCAAACGUUGUUUUGCCAUAUAAAUUAUUUUAAGAGUUAGACCGUUUCUUGGACAUGGCAACAUUACUCUAUUUCUUCUAAAAUAAAAGAACGUUUCUAAAAUAAACAUAGCCUAAGUUACUCCUUAUUACACCAGCUACCUGCCAAUAAAAGUCCCAUAAAAAACGAUCAAGCCAUUUCAGAGAUUAGCCGGAACAAACAGACAAAAAUUGUAAAAAAUGUUAUUUUGGUGUAAGUACCGUUUUAUAUUACAAACAGACACUCCAAUUUUAUUUAUAUGUAUAGAUUAUUAAAAGAAACCAGACCUGGCGUUCUAUCUAUAGAUUUAAAAAAAAGACAGAAACUUGACUCAAUUAACAAAAAUUUUCUUUUCAAAUGGAUAAAUGGUUUAAUUUUAUCAAAUUAAUGUAUUGUCAUCGGUCCUCGAUAAACCUACGAAGUUUGAACGAAAUCUGACGGUUUAAAGUGGGUUAAAAUCGCGCCCAAAUGAGUCUGUUACAAGCAAAUAUACAUACAGGUGAAACUAAUUAAAAACGUGUAAAAAUACCUUGUGCCGAUGAAAAAUCAAGUAAAGGAUUCAGUCAUAUAAAGCCAACUGUUUGACAGUCCGAAAAUAGCAAGCAAAAGGCUCUAUAUCUUCAAAAAAUCUUGAAACUAUAUAACUUAAUUAUUGAAACUAUGUUAUAUCAGAUAUCGUAACAAUUAUAUGAAAAUAUAGUACGUCAUAGAUUUUCGUUUGUUUUAUUUUGAUUGCUGGCCAACUGCGCCUUAUGUUCAUUCUAGUUCUUUUUAGUCUAUCGUUCUAACUUAUAUUAUUUCCUAUCUUCGUAAAACAAAAGGAUGGACAACAACUCUAUUAGCUUUUGUUUAAUUAUGUACGAAUUAAAAUUGUAAAUUGAUAAUAAAUUAUUACAAAGCAUUGUCUUGUUUGGUGUUUAAUUCUAGCCAUGACUAAGUACAUACAUAAACAUCUGCGAAUUAAUUCAAGUGGGUCUACUACCUACUACAUUUUAAAACUAUAUUUUUGCCCACAAUUCUAAAUGGUACUCAAAUUGCUUUUUAAAUUGUUUUUAACCGAAGAUAAGCAUAUAAUAUAACAAUACCAAAGUAGCUUAGGCUUUAAUUAAUUAUGAAAUCCAUUACAUUAGUAAUACAGUAAUACAUAAAUGUGUCCAAAACUGACGUUUACAACAACGCACUUAGAGAAUUUACAUUCCAAGUCACUUAAAAUACAAUUUUUUUUACGUAAGUAUAUUUUGUAAUAAGCGCCAUCUGUUAGUUUUCGAUUAAGAUAAUUUCUUGAAAUUGGCCUAUAUUGAUACAAAUAAGUUUUAACAAUGUAAGUUAUUUUUACUUGGAUUAUUCCAAUGAUCUCAGCUUAUUUAUUAAUGGCCAUGCAGUAACAUCUUAGUAUAUAUUAUAAGCGUAAAUUUAAAACUAUUUUAAAGAGGUAAUAUAUAAAUAAAAUGUUAAACUAUUUCGAAAUUACAAUGUUGCUAUUUACAUAAUUAAAUAAUUAUAUAAAUAAGAACAAUUAGAAAUAUAUUACUGUCUAUUUUAACAAUUUCUGUAUUCCCAAACCUUUAAACUAUUUGCUUCUAGAACUGGGAUCGAUCCUGUUUAUUAAAUUCCUAUAAUAUUAUGUAAUAUAAAAAGUAGACUAGUGAAUUUUAACGUGAAACUUAUUGUUAAAUAAAGAGAAAAUCUCA